UUUUUCCGUUUCGCCAUUUUCCUCUUCCAGACCCGGUGCUCUCGCGGACGGAUACCUUCUCGUCCUCUCUCAGCGUUUAAACCUGCCCCGAAGCUGACAGUUGGAAACGGUGGACUCUCAGUAAGAAGACACUUCGAUUGCUGUAACUCAAAGACCCCCAAAGAAGAGCGAGAAUGUCUGCAGAGAGCCCGGAAUAUUCGCCUUUCUUCGCCGUGAUGGGAGCUUCUGCGGCCAUGGUGUUCAGCGCACUUGGAGCAGCCUAUGGCACGGCGAAGAGCGGCACAGGGAUUGCUGCAAUGUCAGUGAUGCGGCCAGAGCUCAUCAUGAAGUCCAUCAUCCCAGUGGUCAUGGCGGGUAUCAUCGCCAUCUAUGGGCUAGUGGUGGCAGUGCUGAUAGCCAACAACAUCUCUGAGAGAGUCACUCUCUAUAAGAGUUUCCUGCAUCUUGGUGCUGGUCUGAGCGUGGGACUGAGCGGGCUGGCAGCCGGGUUUGCCAUCGGGAUUGUGGGUGAUGCCGGAGUUCGAGGCACUGCCCAGCAGCCCCGGCUUUUCGUAGGCAUGAUUUUGAUCCUGAUCUUUGCUGAGGUGCUGGGGCUUUACGGCCUCAUUGUGGCUCUCAUUCUGUCCACAAAAUAAGUUUGUGCAUCCACAAACACCAUCUCAUCCAUUCCACAUUAAAGCAGCAAGAACAAAUAGGAGAUUUUCACCUUCUUCCAUUACACCCUGUGGAUCUGACAGGAUGGGAUGGCAAUGGAAAAAAAACCCCAAUGCUGGCGGUCGACUUGGGCUGCUGCGUCCUCGGUAGAUGUGAUCUAUCCAUAUUGUUUAAAGCCAUCCAGUUGUGUCAGGUCCUUUUUGUGUACAGAUCGGGCAUGAAAAUGUAUUGGUUGUUGUGGGAUGAUGUGUGGACAGUCUGCCUGAUUUGUUGUCUGAUCUUAAUCUGUACAGUGAUCCAGAGACCCUCCACCCCUGUAAAUGUAGUAACCAGUCUGUGCUGUGAGUGUGAGUAUAAAUGUUUGCCCCCCUGCCUCCCACCAUUCCUUCCUUCUGGAUUUUUGUUUUAUGUUGGUGAUUUUGAUUGUAAUCCUCUGUUUUGAAACUGCUGAAUAAAGUGGCGCACAUUAGUGUUUUCUUUCCGUGUUCUUUUGGGGACCAUGUUUGAAUCUGCAGCUUUCAACGUAUGUUUUUUUUUUUUCACUAUUUAUGGAAAAAUAUGAAGAUAUUGACAAAAUGGAGCUGUUUAAAUGGAAUAUUGUUAAUAUCAAAUACCCUAUAUACAUAUACAUAUAAAUUAUCUGUGUAUAGUUAGAUUAUUGCACUGUGGGUAAUUGUUCAAAGUGCUUGAAAUUCCUCUGGAUGUGGUGUGAUAAUUAAUGGAGGAUGUCCACAUGGAGCUGACGGUGAGCGUGUGUGUGUGUGAGAAAGAGAGAGAGAGAUAGAAUGUGUGACUGUUGAAUGUGUGUGUAAGUGAAUUUGUGUUCAAUAUGUCAUCAUCAAUCACUAGUAUUGUUUACUUGUAGUGCUGCUGUCUUUGUUUUUUAAAGGUGAGAGGUCACUGUUCAGCCAUGCCUGUCAGAUUUCCAAAUAAAAAUCAACCUCCUCCAAA